AUGCGGCCGUCGUCGAUGGUGCUGCAGCUCCCACGGCUGGGACGAGUCGCCGGAGUAACGGCGGCACCUGCAUCCAAAGCCGGGCCCCGCAAAUUGAAUUCCCAUGGGUGCCGCAGCAGCCGGCGCUCCCCCUCGUCCAGCAGCAGAAGCAGCAGCUGGUUCUCCUCCAACGCCGAGAAUCCCGGCCCCGACACCAGAGACGGUAACAGGACUAGUAGUAGGAGGUGGUGGUCCGACGACCAAUUCGACGUGGAGGAGGAGGAGGAGGAGGAAUUCGGGAGCGAGGGCUCGUUUGGUUCUGCAAGGGAGAUGUUCGACGAGCCAUGGUUUACCAAGGUCUUCAGGGUGUACGGGUAUGUGCUCCCGGUGCUGCUGGCUUCCAUGCUGGUGACAACGCGGCCACAGGCUUUCCUCAUGGCCAUGGCCAUCCCGCUCGCCCAGUCCGUUCUCUCCUUCGCCAUUUCCAAGAUUGGUUCAUUUGGGCGGCGCCGCCGUGACGAAGAAGAAUAUGACGACGAUGGUUAUUAUUAUUCCGAUUACGGCAGCGGCGGCUGGGAAGCUGAAGAACAGUAUAGAAGCAACUCCUCAUCGACGUACAGAGGAGACAGCAGCACUACUAGCAGCAGGUACCAGCAGCAGCAACAGGAGUCUGCAGAUUCACAUCCAACGGCAGAACCAGGUGAUAUUAACGGUACCACCGGCACAGCAACUAGAAGUGAAAGUGGUAGUAUCAGUUUUGGGGGAUGGGACGAGCUGGAAGAAGGCGACGACCGCCGCCGCAGCAGCAGGUGGAGUGCAGGAGCGUCGCCGGUGGAUACUGCUACCGCUGGCGGUGCAGUGGGAACGAGUAGACCACCUGCAACUAGAAGGAGAAGAAGCAGAGGAGCUGCAGCUGCAAGGUACAGGCAGGCGCCCCUGCCGAUGCGCUUGCUCAUCGCGCUCUUCCCAUUCCUGGGUUCAUGGUUCAGAAUUAUGCUCUAA